ACGCGUGGGUCCAAGCAUAACAUUGUGUCUUUGUUUCGGUGAUCUCAUCCAGUCAUUCAAUGAUAAUGAGUAUUGUCCAGAGUGGCAUUUACCGAAAAGGCAAUAUGCCUCGAACAGAGCCAACGAGAAGACAGUGAACGAGUAUCUAUAUAUAAAGGGUGCUUUUGGCUGGACUGCAUCCCCCACCUCCCACAUUGUGGUCUGGUUUUGUCUUUCGUUAUUUUUUCCGCGAUGUUGUCUACGGAAAUUGACCUGGCUGACGCCCUGAUGUCCAUUCAAGAGAUGACUCCUAGCGACUGGGAAUACGUGUCGAAGAUGUGCAUGCAGGUGCUUAACCAGUCUGGAAGCUCCAAUGCGCCCUCCUCAAAUCCUUCCGACUCAGACUCGUCUACUGAAGACUUGUCGAUCUUUGGUUCGAGUUCAUCCCCGUAUCCGCUGAAGGAGUCCAUGAUACCUGAUAUUCCAUUGACAACUUCAGCAUCGGACGCAGCAGCUAUCUAUUCCUCGCUCACUGCGUCUCUGACCGACAUUUCUACCACCAACUGUUGUCCUUCCUUCUACCCUGACGUUCCGGCUAACGCCAUGCGGCCCUCGAUCUCUAUUUUGUUGGCUUCAAUCGCAUCGAAGGAUGACGACGCUCCGGCUACCGACUCUGAGGCUUCUUCAGCCAGCCCGACUCCUUCUUUGACUGACACUCCGACGACUACCUCUGAAGACACAUCCCUGAGCCCUACGCCCUCGACUCCUCCACAGAUACCCAUGGAUGUUCCCUGGCGUCAGACCUCAGUUUCGAGCCAACCAAGCCCAGUUUCGACUGCGACCAAACGGAGCUACUACCGAGAGCAUACCUAUACGUCGCCUCCAGCAGAGCCAGAUAGACCUGUCGGCAAUCGAUACUAUCAGCCGACUCAGUCUACCACUGUACUGGCUCAGCCGAAUUUUACCGGCGACACGUCUUCAUCCUAUGAAAUGGUGACCAGCAUCCGUCAGCCACCCGUACAAGAUUGCAGAUUUGUGCCCUACUCUGCCAAAGACCGACCUCCCUCUCUGGCUAGUAGAGUAUUGACGAGUUCGUCGAGCUUCUCCUUCGCGGAUCAGACAUUCUCACCCAAGCCAUACAUUCCGUCGAAAUGCCCUGUGCCGACCCCAAACGAGCCCGAGAAACAGAGCACCCAUGGCUACUCUAAAGUUUUCUGUCGGAAGGGCAAGUACGACCAACUAAUCAUCAAACUUGGCAUCAACGACCCAGCCCCCUACUACGGAUGGAAAGCCGACUACGUAACCUGCUACCUACCCGGAUGCAACCAAACAGCCAUCAAGAACACCCGCGCCGAAGUCAGCAAACACGUUAAAGCAUUCCACCUCUAUGCCCAGAAUCCCCAGUACGUUGUACGGGAUUGCUGCCCAUUCGCCUCCGCCUCCGAACGCUUCAUCAAAGUCGACAUGGUUUAUGGGCAUUUCCAAACGGAAAAGCACUCGUUCGUGCACAACUCGCACCAGUAUUCCUGUGGUCAUUGUGGAGAAUUGGCAGCCAGACCAGAUCAACUCGAUAAUCAUUUCUUCGAGUGUAGGGCCCUGUGGGAUUAUGUUCAGUCUCUCAAAUCCACAGGGACACAAGCGUCGUUCUAUCCGAGGGCGUUCUGAUUUCUCGACUUUUAGAGUAGGGCGGUAUCGCUCUUCCGCUCCUUGUUUCUACUAAUAGUUUCUUGACUAUCGUUUCUCUUCAUAUUUCAUUAUGUACAUGUCAAUCUUCUGUAUCCUUACCAUUCCAGCACAUUUCAUACCCCGCAUUACCACUGGAUCUUAUACCUUGGAACAUUAUCCUGUAUCAUAGUAUUCAUAUAAAUCUAAUCCGCCUUUCUUUCAAUUCUAA